AAUCACUUCCGGUGCUGUAAGGGAAGCUUGUCAGUCGCGCUUUCCAAUUGAUGAUCUUCUAUGAAGAUACAUCCGCUCCUGUGGAGUUAAUAUGCAGUACAGUGGCGUGUUACUAAGCACCGCUCACUGAUCUUGAAGUCCCACGGUGCUCUCUCAAUUGCCCUCUGCAGAUCCAACUAGCUAGCUCACACACUGCCAGGUUAGCGUGUCUUUGAUGCUGGCAAGCCUGGAGAGGGAGCGGUCUCGUUAAGAUGUCCGGUAGAUGUGUGUAGUUGCGGGGGGCGUGGCUUGCCGCGAGCAGAGAUGGCCACCUGAGCUGUGAGCUCCAUGAACCCUGAGGCCAUUCUUUCGCUUAAUUUGCUUUCCCUGCCUGUACUCUCAUGCCGAGGUGCACCCGCCGGUGCCGGAAGACCCCACCAUCCUGCACGGACCCUCGACAGCUCCCUGGGGCCAUCACAUGCUACCUGCGCCAAGUCUCUGCCUCAGCCCCGGCUUCUCCUCCGGCAUCACCAGGCCACGAACGCGCGCUCCGAUCCCGCUCAGUCGGCCCUGCGGUGGUGCGCUCUGCUACAGGACCGGACCUGCCCAGCUACCCUCCUGACUCUACGGGGGCUCCUGCACCAUCACCUUUGCUGCCGCUGACUGCUCCGGACCCCGGUGUGCUACCUGGAGGGACAGUCUGCCCACCAUCUUCUUCUCCCCCUGAGGUGGGGGUGGCUGCAGGGGACCUGGGCUCCAGCCUUGUGGAUUUCUGCACUGUGGAGGUAGGUGCCUCUCCGGCCCUAUUUCACCCUAUACCUCCAUCUGGGACUGCCUCUCCUCCUUUGGACCCCCUCAUAGCACCCUCGGCCCUGCUAGGCCCGGACCCCAGAGACGCAGGUUGUUCGCCUGGAACUGUGCCGCUUAAAGGGCCAUCGCCUCAGUUUCUGCCCCAUACCCAGACACGGGGCUUGUCACCUACGGUCCCCUUGGCCUCCUUCUCGGCUCCUCUCAUGCCAGGGCCCUCUUCUGGAGUCGCAGGUACUGACAACCUUGUUGCUGAAGCUGCUGGGACGGAUCUCCCUGGGGCCCUUAUCCGGCCCUCUUGCACCUCUCCUAAGCCGCAGAGGAAUAUGUCUGCCUCCAGGAUCUCGGCUGGGCGCCCCGGGGCACCCACCCCUCAGAACCCACUCACACAGCCUCUGGAGGCUCCCUCUUUGUCUGCUGCGCCCUGUGGCUGGGAUGCUGGCCUGGAUUCCGAGUUGGAGUGUUCGGGGGUCCCUGCUCCUGUCCCGGCUACCCCUGACCUCUCUCUGUUGCUCUCUCAAAUGCCGACAAAGGGGGACUUCAAGAUAUUAUUGCUGAAGUCCGAGAGGCCUGUAGGGCCGAAAUAGCGGAUAUGCGCCGAGAUCUCCAACAUGUCUCAGGCCGAGUGGACUUAGAAGAAGCUCAUGACUCUACUAGGUCUUACAUUGCUAACCUGCAUGAAGCCGUCUCUGCUCAAUCUGCAUUUCUUGGUGACCUGCACUCACAUGUGGAGGACCUGGACAACAGGGGUAGGAGAAAUAAUAUUAGGGUUCGUGGAUUGCCUGAGGCUACCCGGGACGAAGAUCUUCAUGCUACUCUGGAAGCUAUCUUCAACUUGAUCCUGGGUGAACCCUCAUCCCACAAGAUUAAACUGGACCGAGCCCACCGGGCCCUCCGCCCCCGCCCUACCUCUGGCCCUCCAAGGGAUGUGAUUUGUUGUGUCAAUGACUUUCAACUGAAGGAGAGAAUUAUGGCUAAAUCACGCACCCUCCGGGACUUCGAUUUUGAUGGGGCACCUAUCCAGCUGUUCCAGGAUCUUUCCUGGAUUACCCUACGUAAGCGCAAGAUGUUGCAGCCUCUCCUGUCGUCUCUACGCUCAGCUCUGAUUCCCUACAGGUGGUCCUUCCCAUUUGCUCUCCAAGCCCGUCGGGAUGGACGCUCUGCAGUUCUACGUUCACAUCCUGAUAUCCCGGAGUUCUGUGCAGUCUUAGAUCUCCAAAUCCCGAAGCUUCCCGACUGGGCUCUACAACCCCCUCCCCCUCCGCCUCCUCCUGUAUGGCAGCCAGUUCGAGGGAAACGUCGUGGAGGUGGUAGGGGCCAGCGUGCUCAAUCCUCAUCUGGAUCCCGUCAUGACCCUACCUGAUAGAUAUACUGGAACUAUGUUCUGGGCCCGCAUGUUCUGUGACUACUUGUCUGGUUCUCGCCUUACCUGGCGGGGUGCUGUGUUCUUUUACUUGCAAUUUACUAUAGUUGUCUUUUACUGCUGCCUCUAAAUUAACGGGUGCCCUUCUGGCUCCCUUUGUACAGUUUAGAUUUGGCAUG